UGCUGUGGUUCUUACGGUCUAUUUUGGCCCGGCACAAUGUGUGAGUUUUUGUGUUCUUUUACAUGUGGAGUGGAGUAAAACUGUUAGACAGCGGCCGUAUGUGUAGAGAACGUUAAAAUGUUAAUUUUGCCACCUGUAAAUGUUUAAACAAAAAUAAAAGAUACAAAAAAAGUAUAUUAACAAAAAAAAAAAAAAAAAUGAGAAGUUGUUGUUGGUUUAAAAAAAAACACAAAAACAUUUAAAUUUGAAAUAAAAAAAAUAAAGAGAUCUUAAAUCAAAGUGCCUAUUUCGAAGUAUUGAAAAAUAUACAAAAGAAUUAAAGCAGCAGUAUGAUGGCGGCUGAGGGGCUGAACGCGAUCGCUGUAAAUAUAUUCCCGAGUGUGCGCAAGUGAAAAAAAAAUACAAAUUGUCGAAACAACUUUAUACUCAAAAAAACUCUUAACAAUAUCGUUUUGACGUUAUCAUUCAUGUUCUACGUACGAAAAAAAAAUGAAACACUUCAAUUGCGAAUGUCUCUUAAGAAAACAACAAAUUUUUUUAAAAAUACACAAUGAUAUAUGAAAACAAAUAUAUUAAAAUCAUUUUACUACGUUUGUUCCAUCGCGUUCUAUGGGCUGAAAUUUUUGAUCAAAGUGGCAGUUUACUAAAUAAUUAAAUGUUGUACAUACAGAGCAGUAAAUAAGUUUAUAAUUGAAAAAUAAUUAGAAGAGAAGAAAAAAAAAUAAGCUUAAAAGUUGUUAACAAAAAAAAAAAAAAAAAAAAAUAUUAAAAAUAAAAGUUGUGUCUGAAAGUGUGAAAUCAUUUGUUCAAAUAUAAAAAUAUAUUUAACAACAAUUAUAUUAUAUUAAAAAAAAUCUAUAAAUAAAUAAAUUUAACAAAUUAACCAUAAAAAGAUUUUUUAAAUUAAAUUAAAAAAAAAUAAAGUUAAUAAAGUUUUUGCAGAAAUUUGAAAAACUAUCGUACAAACUAAACCGCCCAAAACCACCUUCGAUUAGAGCAACUAUUCACUAAAUUACAGGUAAACGUGCAAAAAAACAACAACAAUAACAUAAACAAAUCAUUAGCAAAACAAAAGCAAUUAAACAAACAAGAAAAGAGAAACCGAGGAGUAACAACUCGUCGAAGUGUUUUUUAAAAAAUAGAGAUGCCCAACUACCGCAAUAAAAAUCGUAAUCGUAACAAAAAUAAACAACGUAAUAAACAGCAGCAGCAACAACAACAGCAGCAACAAAAACAAAAAGAAGAAAAUUGUAAAAAAGAGUCUAAAGAGCCAACAACUGCAACAACAACAACACCCACAACUAUCAACACUACCCACAGCCCCGAAAACUCAACAACAACACCAACAACAACAUCAUCUGCAUCUCCUCUCACUGUCAGCGAAGUGACCAACAUCAGUGCAGUUUCCUCGGAGAAUAAUGUCGCAGAAAUUGUUGACACAUCCACCACUAAAAAAUCUAAUCAGUUUGAUGUAUGUGAAAAUGUGCAAUCAUUAAAACAAACGACACCCGACGUCACCACUGCAACAGAGCAAGAGUCCGAGGCAAACGUAAAGACGACAGAAACGAAUGACACAGUUUUGAAUGAACCAUCACAGUGCGAUAAUAAAAGUAAAAAUAAUCACGGUGUUAAAACAAAUGACAUUAUGGGCAAUGAAAAAUCGAAAAUGAUCGACCCUCAAAGGGAUAUUUCCAGUGAGGAAAGCAACAUUCAAACUGCAACAACAGAUGUUUCACCAAUCUCACCUAGUACGUGUGCCCUAGGUAAGGUUAUUGUACAUAGAAUAGUUUGUGAAGAUUCUAAUAGUGUUAACACAAAUAAAGAGCUGACAACUACGAACGCUAUAAAAUCUAAUGAAUCUUCUAAAGAAGAGCAGAGCGCUACACCGGCCACAGAAAAGUCAGAAAAUGAGCCUUUUAAAGUUAUUAUACAUAAAAUCUUAACCGAACCAGAUGUAGUCAAGGAAAAUGAAAUCAGUUCAAAAGAACUUGACCAAGAUAAUAACACAGCAGAUAGUAGUAAACCAACAACAAAACAAACAGAUAAUAUCUCUCAACAAACGCAACAAGAACAACAACAAGUUAAAGUAAUUGUGCACAAAGUGAUCACAGCAGAGGAAGACUCUGAAACGACUGAUAAAACAGAUAGUAACAAUACAGCCGCAAAUGCACAACAUUCUCAACAGCAUGAAGUCAAAGUUAUAGUACACAAAGUAGACAAAACUGAAGAGGUCACCAACAACAACACAAACUCAUCUUCAAAUGAAUCAGCAUCCCAGCAACAUGAGGUUAAGGUUAUAGUACAUAAAGUAAGCACAUCGGAUGAGGAAGAUCACAACACACAACAGCAGCAAAAACAACAACAUCAACAUCAACAACAAGCUAAAGUUAUUGUACAUCAAGUACAUCUGGAGGAUAAAGAUAAUGAACCUCAAAUAACCUCACCCACCAUGAAAGAACCCUUAUCCAGUGUAGCGAAAACCAACACAUCGGAUGUUAGAAUUGUGGAGAUCAGUGAUGAAAGUUUAAGUGAUUUGGAAGAAUUAAGGUCACCAGUCAUUAGUGAGGCAGAAUCUUCCGUGGAAUAUAGUGAUGAUAUUCAAAAAGUGGCCGAUUCUAUAACAGAAGUAACUUCCUCUUCGUCCUCAUCUUCAGCCAGUAGCUCGCAAAAACAAUCUAGAAAACAGAAACGCAUAGCCUUGGAGAAUCACUUUUUGCCGCAAAUGCUAAAUCCUCGUUUCUUGGACAGCAUUUCCGAAGAGAAUAGUGAGUUAAGCGAUAAUUCUGAAAAUCCCCUAUCCAGAUCAGCUUCAAAUGAAAGUGCUACUAACUGUCCCUCAGAAGGUAAAGUUCAGAAACUAAACGCUAAAUAUCCCAAAAGUUCUUUGGACUUUUCCAAAUCCCACAAACAACAACAACAGUCUACUAAUCAAAGAAAAUCCAAGGUUAUCAGAGAAGAACCUAUAGCUGUUGCUGUGGCAGCUCGUCUACAAGAUGCUCCCGAUGCUGAUGAAAGCUGUACAACAGUGAGUAGUUGUAUGUCACCGGAGGCCGAAGCGGCUGAGGUUGUUUUCAUUUCAAAUUCCGCCUCCAGCAGUAUGUCCGAUUUACAUGAUAUGGAUUUGUUUGAAAAUGUGCAUACAUCUACGCCUGAUUUUGAUUUGGAUACAGAUUUACGAGAUAUUAUAAAUAAACCAGUGACAGAAAACAUCUGCUUUGAGUCACUGACAUCAUCAGCAGCACCAUCAGCAUUCACUGCCAAAAUACCAAAACAACAGUUGCCGGAAUUUUGCGCAAAUCAAAACAAUAAUAAUCAAACAAUAAAUAACAGUAAACUUAUAAACAAAAAUACUCCUCAAACACCUUACACUGCGUCUGCAACAGCCACCAAUACUUCCAUCGCCACCAACACCACCACUAAAACAAGAUCAUUAGCUGAAACAAAAACAAAUUCAAAUAUAAAUUCCAAAUUAGAUUCAAUAUUAUUAUCAUCAUCAUCAUCACCUGCAAAUGAGCAACUUGUUUUUGCCCAAAUAGAAGAGCAAAUUUCAUCGGUGCUCUCUUCCAUUAAUGAAGUGGCUUCACAAAACACAAACACAACAAUAGCAACAACAUCAACAUCAUCUUCGUCGUCUUCAACGAAAAAAAUUCAUACAAAUCUCUCAAACACUCAAAAAUUGCCUGUCACAACAACAUCAACAACGGUCGCCAGUAGAACGCCAGAAAAUAGUUGUGAAGAAUCGUUUAAUACUAAUAGUAGUAGUAGUUUAUGUGCGGGUAAUAACGCGAAAACAUCUCGGGUUUUUUCACAAGACGUAAAUAUGAAUACGGUUCGCGAUUUAAUAAUUAAUAAUAACAAUAAUAACGUUAAUGACAACAAUACGGUAAAAUUAAACGGUAAUAACAAUGAAAAUAGUGCUACAAACGGUUAUGUGAAAUUAAGCUAUAAUAAUAGUAACACAUUUACUCCUAUUCCUCCACCUCCGCCUAGAGGUUCUCCGCCACCACCUCCCAUACCUCCUCUUUCUCAAGAACACGAACCAGAACAAACUCGUGAUGAAUGUGAUAAUACCUCUAAUUCUGCUUUCAAUCCUUCUACCUCCUUCUCAAACUCUGCUUCUUUGCCUUUGCUUCAAAAACAUGUCGACUACCACAAUUCCCACACACAAUCACAGCAUGACCUUCCCAAAGGCUUGAAUAGCGCUUUAAGUCUACUCACUUCCUCUGUAAUACGGCAAGAAUCCAUGGAUUCACAUUGUUCAGACAGUACCAACUUUAGUCAGUGUACUGCUAUUAACGUGGCUCCUGAACAAAGCAGUGAUUCAGUUCAAACAUCCUCAAUUUCAGAUCUCAAAACCGAUACGAACCAACAGUGCGAGCAAUCAGAUGAUAGUUCUAGUUCUUCGGUCGAUCCUAAAAAAUUAAGAUUACUGUGUGCCGAAACAUUAGCCUCCUUUCCAUAUGGUGAUGCAGUUCUAGAAGAACUAGCUACUGUUGCGCAAAAUAUUGGAGAAGCUCGUGCCGUUAAAGCGGUUGAAACCGAAAACAAUAUGCCUUAUCCUCUACCCGAACUGCCACACAUUGAUGAUUUGCAAUUAUCCCUAAAGGUGGGAGAAACUGCUCCCAAAAGACCGGAACCCCCUCAACAACAACAAGAUCAAUCUUGGCUUGGAGUACCUACAAGCAAUGAUCCCCAGGUAUUAGUGUGUCUCUCACCCUCCCAACGUUCCUAUAUACAACAGAAACCAGAACAAAAACCAGAUGAUUUGCUCGAUGCCCAUCAAAAGUUUGUAGAACGUCGAGGUUAUCAUGAAUACACCAAGGAACAGUUGCAGACCUUGGAAAGAGAAAAAUUGGCCGAGCAACAGCUGUUACAAACUGCAGCAAUGAUGAAGAAAUUACGUAAAAGUAUAACGCCACCUCCCCCACAGAUACCACCACCACCCGUGCCGGUCAAGUCAAGUGAAACAGCAUCUAAAGCACAAAAUCUCUCUAAACGAACGGUCUCUACAACCACAGUAACCCAUACACAGACACCCAACGAUGACGUCAACUUGACCCAUAAUAAUGAGCAAAUGCCAACAGCAUCGAAUGGAGAAAACAAUGGAGAAGAGAAUAAACAUCGCUUGCUAUCGAUUAUACAAGAUACUGGCGAAUCAAAUGCUAAUAAACAAAUACACUCCGUAUCAUCAUCAUCAUCGUAUGAAAAUAACUCAAGGCAAACAACAAACAGUGGCAGUGCUCCAGUCAAAGAACAGGUACCAUCAGCAACAUCAACAUUAAACAACGGCACAUCGACAAAUUCGCAUCAAUUCCCACAACUUUCCGAACACAAAGGAUCUGGAAACAUGCAAAGUGUUGAAACAACAUUGGGCCAGAUGUUCCCCACAAUGGGUUCAUCAAACAUCUUUGAUCACGAACACAAACGCUUCUCAAACAUUGAAUCUUCGAAUACUGAACCCUUCUGCAGCCAAAUCAUGAAUACACAACCCAAAAGAUAUUCCAGCGUGGAAACUCACAGCUAUGAGACACAAAAACGCAUUGAAAAUGGUAAAGUAGUGCAAGAUUUCUCCACCUCAAAACAUGAAACUAAAACCUCUGGUGAUAAACCCUCCGAUGCAAUCAGCAGUUUUCCUUUGAAAACAGCCAUGUCUCAGGACAGUAAUAGUUUCUUGUCUACAGGUAAAGAACAAGACAUUAAACAUAAUUCACCAGCAGCACCACACAAAAAUGACCAAGAAAUUAUGUCAGCUUUAAAUUUAAACAAGCAUUCGUCAGAUAUUGAAAGAAAACAACAAACGGCAACACAAAGCGAAACAACAAUAAGAACCACUAUAGCAGAAACUUCUCAAAAUAUUGCUAAUGACGAGAACAAGAGUGCGAAGAUGGAUGAAAAAGAUCUUACAAAAAAACAAGAACCAGAGAAUACCGCACUAAAGAGGGGAAUACAAGAUACUUACGAAGAAUUUAGGCAACGUGCCAAAGCAGCUGCCGAUGCUGCCUCCACGCUACCAACACUUAACUUGCCAACAGCAGCAGCAACGACAGCGAAAGUAACCUCGAACGGGGAUAAUAAUGGUGAAAUGAUUUCGUCAACUACAACAACAACCGAACACAAAAAAAUAACCACACUCAGCCACGACCAUGAAAAGUUAUUCAAAGAAUUUGAUGACCUUUCCAAACAAUUGCACAGAGAACUGGAGACCAGCAAAGCCGAAAGGGAACAACGUGAGAGAUCAGCCUCCAUGUUUGAUUUAAAUCGAGUACACAUGAGACAAAAACAACAAAUAGAAGAAUUUAAUAAGUCCCGACAUGAACACCUUAAAGAAUUGGAACAGGAAAUCGAAAGAUCUAUGAAAUCUCGUUCCUUAAGAUUUUCCAGACCUCAGGAAUCAGCCACCGAUACAGUGGAUUAUCAAGCAGGUCGUACAUAUCAAAUACCUAUACAUAUAGAGAAUGGUAAUGGUAACACAACAGCAGCUAACAAACCAUCAGAUACCUACGAUGAGGCUCCACCGGUACCAGAACCUCCAAAAACGUAUCAAAUACCAAUACAAAUAGAAAGUUCCAACCCUUCAUAUGUCGACGAUGCUCGUUUCCGUCGAGCAGAAUCGAUGUUUAAUCUCGGUGACGAUGCGCAUCAUAGACAGCGCACUUACAGUAAUCAAACACAGUUCCAAAGAGCUGAAGAUGAUUGGUCAAAAUAUGCUAGCGAUUUGGGUUCAUCGGAAAAUAUUGCACGUCCUUUUGCCAAGGAAGUAGAAAUCUGUUAUCAACGACGUCCAGGAGGUAUUCGAGCACCACGUUUGUCGGCUUCCACCAAUGAUUUAUCAUUCAACAAUCAACACUCUUAUGAUCACUUUAAUGCCUACAAUGUGAGGAGACAUCAUGCCCCCAUGUUGAAUAGAGCUCCUGAAAACAAUAGACCUAAGUUUGGCAGUUGUUAUUCAAUGAUUGAACGGGAUCCUAAUCCCAAAUAUAUUAGCACUACAACAAGACGGGGUGUCUCACCUGCACCUCAGACUUCGGGUUUCUUCCCCUUAGACGGUUGUCAUGUAAGAGAGGAAGAUAUGCGUCAGAGACGUGCUUCUUUGCCACGCGAAAUACACGAACAACAAUUGAAGUAUAUUGCUAAUAAAGAAGAGGAACUACGCACAGAAUUUGAACGUCUACAAAAUGAACGCAGACGUUUAAUGGAGGAGGCGCAGAAAGCUCAAGCAAUGCAGAUGGCUCAAACACCAACAUCACCCAUCACAAGACCUUUACGUGAUCUCUACAGAUCGACACAAAAGUUACCAACUCUUACUGAAGAUGAGGUAUUUAGGCAACAAAUGGCGGAGGAAUGGUUGAACAAGGUGGCGGAACGUGAAAAGCGUAGAUUGCAAAAUAUAAUUAAAAUAUCGAAGAUACACGAAGACGAGGCUUACUCAAAACACAAGGCUAAUAUGGAGGAGGAAUUCUUAAGUCGCGUUAAGGAGAGACGUCAUAAAUUGGCUAUGCCAGCCGAUAGUGACUGGGAAUCGGGUGCAGAAUCCCAACCAACAACGCAAGCCCAGCUCAGUGAGGCGGAAGAUAUACCGCCCGUUAAAAUUAUCGAAGGUGAAAAGGAGGCCAGCUUGCGACGUUUGCCACGUCAUUUACGUGAAUUUGCUAAAUUCUCCAAUCAUCAGAAAGAGGAAAUCGAAGGUGGUCAUCGCGAAGAACAUCAAGAAGAAGAACGUUCCGAAGAGACCACCGAUAAUUCCGUAAGCAAGGCUUUCAAAAAGUCAUCGGUGGUUAAGACAGUGAAAACGUUGCGCGCACCCAUGUUACCAGAAAACGGCGGACACGAUAACAAAUUACAUUACCAUAAGUCCAGAGCCUAUCAAAUACCCCAACGUCCUCGAGAUCCUUACUCGACUGAUCGUUUACAACGGAGAACUAAUAAUAAACAAACACGAUUUGCUGCAGCAACGAAUCGUCGCAGCUGGUCUGAGAGCGAUCUAUUGCAGGAAAUCGAUAAAGAUCUUAAGUUGGCUAAAGGAUUUUUAUUUCAAGAUGAAAAGGCUCCAUCAACCAAUAUGUUUGCACCGAAAUUUAAGGCCAAGGCUCCUACAGGAACAGGCAUAUGGUCGCCCAAAAAUCAAACACCUACAUCAUCUUGUUCCAAUUUGAGUGAAUUUAAUAAGUCUACACCACCAACACCUCCGCCACCACCGCUACAGCCGGUCUGGACGCCUCAGACUUCGCCACAAUCGAAUCGCAAAGAAUUUCGACCGGUGCACUUUGAGUCUCCCACUUUACCGCGCAAAUACGUCUUAUCAACUUCAGCUGAACCCGCACUGCCACCCUGGGAUUCAACGAAUGAUCAAAACGUCUCAAAACUACCCCAGAGUUGUACAAAUUUAAGUGCAACAAAUACAGAUACAACCAACACUUCAUUGCCUCUGGGCUCUACAAAUUCUAUAACUACGGGUUUGCCUAAAUCCAGUAUUUCGGAAAAAAUUAAAACAUUCGAACGAUCAGCUUCUGCCUCGGAUUUAUAUAGUCGACCUCAAAUAAAACGUCUAACUGAUAAGGGUCGUCCCUUAUGUAAACCCAAUGAAGUCAUUUAUAACGUUAAACACGAAUAUAUGAGUGAACCGGAAACGGAAAACGAACGUCCUAGAAAAAUGGCACAAUUAGGCAGGAGACAAUAUGAUGGCAUUGGUCCUAUAACCAAUGACGGCAUGCCCAUCAUUUUGAGAUCGGAAGUUAAGGAACCACAUCAGCAUGAAUGGUAUAAACGUUUAUAUCAAACCAUCCACAAGCAGAAACAUGGCGAUGAUUGUGUGAUCCGCUACAAACAACCAAGAGGUCGCACUCAAUAUAGCAAACCGAAUGGUUAUCAAUCAGAACCCGAACCAAAUUACGAUUCCGAUUAUUCGACUAUUAAAUAUCGUGCGGUAAAUCCAAAUCGUUUACAAUCGGUUUCAUCGGCCUUAAACGUGCGCAAAAGCAACGACACACUUUAUGGUACUUUACCCAAUCCUGUUAAAUCGGGUCAAAAUUCAUAUAAAAAUCAACCCGGUCGUAUAGAAGAUUACGUUACCGGUCAUUCUUCAGUUUCCGAAAAGGAAAAGAAAGAAUGGUGGGACGAAAUAAUGGACAUCUUUAAUGUGCAACUGGAUCAGACCAAGCUUUCUUCUCAUUACACUGAAGGAAAUCUAUCAAGAGCAUUGGCCAAAGAAUCUGGUUAUACCAGUGACUCAAAUCUUGUCUUCCGCAAAAAAGAACUUCCCCAAAGUAGUCCAUUGAGUCCCGUUGAACAGAAGCAAGCGUACAAAAACGUACAAGCCGGUGGAGAACCUCCACUAUUUGGCUUCCGCAAACCAGCUCCCGAAAAGUCGAAAGAUUAUGAUUUUCCGACCCCACAACUUCCACCACCCCCCAAGGGUGAGUUACUCGAACAGGGAGCAGUUUCUCCCAAUCGUUAUUAUGAAUCGGACGUAAAUAUACAUUUCAAAACACCCGUACGUCAAGAAUUCAAAUAUCCCUUGUCGGAAGAAGAGUUAGCCAUACGUCAGGCGGAACAAAUGCAAAAAUUAUAUCAAGAGGAGAGACGUCGUAAAUAUCUACAAGAAUUACAAGAUAUGAAUUCACGUCGUCAUACGGAUAAUUUUACACCAUCACAAAAAUCGCCCAUACCUCUAAAUCGUUAUGAUGAUUUCCCAGCGGAUUUGGCGCCAAAAGCAGCUAAUCAAAUAAAGUCCAUUGCUAGGGCUUUAUAUAAUUUCCAAGCACAGAAUUCCAAAGAACUGAGCUUUAAAAAGGGCGAUAUUAUUUAUAUAAAACGUGCCAUUGAUAAGAAUUGGUAUGAGGGCGAACAUAAUGCCAUGAUCGGUUUAUUCCCAGCUAAUUAUGUAGAGAUAAUCAACAAGGAAACUGUAUAUCCUGUACAAUCUCAAGCCCCUGUUUAUCGUAAACCCUCCGAAGGUCAAGCUAGAGCCAAAUAUAACUUUCAGGCCCAAUCUGGUGUAGAACUAUCACUAAAUAAAGGUGAAUUAGUGUCGCUAACCCGUCGAGUCGAUGACAAUUGGUUUGAGGGUAGAAUUGCCAAUCGUAAAGGCAUAUUCCCUGUCUCAUAUGUAGAGGUACUUACUGAUAUUGGUGCUGAAGAUAUAGCGGCAAGAACUACAACAGUUCCACAAACGGCACGUCCCUCGUUAGAUGCUUUGCGCACAAAUAUUAAUAAUGAAUUUAAUACACUGACCCGCAAUGGUAAUCAGCCACCAAAUGCCAUAUUAAGAGAAACACGUAAUGCCCACAAAACUGAUAUAUUACAUGUUGAUACUAGUUCAGAACCUUUGGUAUACCGUGCUUUAUACAAAUACCGUCCACAAAAUUCCGAUGAAUUGGAACUGCAAGAGGGCGAUAUAGUGCAUGUUUUGGAAAAAUGUGAUGAUGGCUGGUAUGUUGGUACCUCUCAGCGUACCGGUUGUUUUGGCACAUUUCCCGGCAACUAUGUUGAAAGAGUUUGAAUAAGCCACACUCUUCAAGAGUAUAAUAGCGUAAAUUUAGCUGAAUAUUAACUCGAAAUUUGAUAGCAGUUGAAAAAAACACAAAAGAAAACAAACACAAAAAAACUAUAAAUUGUUGUUAAAAAUUUGAGAUAUUAUACCAAUGUUGUUAAACACUUAUUAAUCAUAAUUUUAAUAUUAAUUUAUUUAUUGUUUAAAUCAACAAAAAAAAUAAUUAAAAUUAAUUGAAAAAAACGCAAUAGUA